GCGGGGGCGCUGAGCGGUGCCGGCGGCGCGGCCGCUAUGGAGUCGCUGCUGCUGCUGCUGCUGCUGCUGCUGCUGCUGCUCCCGCGGCUGCCGUCCGCCCACGCCGCUCCCGCUGCCCGGGUCGUGUGGCCCGGCCUGGAGGAGCGGCUCUUUCCGCAGGUGCGGGACCACUUCAGCUUCGAGACCUGCGGCAACGAGACCUUCCCGCAGCGGUACCUGGUGUCGGCAAAGUUCUGGAAGAAAGGAUUUGGACCCAUCUUUUUCUAUACUGGCAAUGAAGGUGACAUCUGGACUUUUGCUCAGAACUCUGACUUCAUAUUUGAAUUAGCAGAGGAACAGCAAGCACUUGUCAUUUUUGCUGAACAUAGGUACUAUGGGAAGUCUCUUCCCUUUGGACUUGAGUCAACACAGUUGAAGAAGACUGCUCUACUCACCGUGGAACAAGCCCUUGCUGACUAUGCAGUGCUCAUUACUGAGCUUAAGCAGCAGUUUGGUGCUGCAGACUGCCCUGUCAUUGCUUUCGGAGGCAGCUAUGGAGGAAUGCUGAGCGCUUACCUGAGGAUGAAAUACCCAAAUGUCGUGGCUGGAGCAUUAGCUGCCAGUGCUCCUCUGCUGUCUGUGGCUGGGCUUGGAGACCCCACCCAGUUCUUCAGAGAUGUCACAGCAGAUUUUCAGAAGUCCAGCCUAGGCUGUGUCACAGCUGUCCGUAAAGCCUUCCAGCAGAUCAAGGACCUGUGCCUGAGUGGAGCCUAUGAUGAGAUCAGCAGCAAAAUGGCCACAUGCAAUAAGAUCUCUAACAAGGAGGAUGUUUACCAGCUGUUUGGGUUUGCUAGAAAUGCCUUCACCAUGAUGGCCAUGAUGGACUAUCCAUACAAAACUGACUUCAUGGGUGACCUCCCUGCCAAUCCAGUGAAGGUCGGCUGUGAACAAAUUAUUGCCCAUAAAGACCCAAUUGAAGGCUUGACUGCUCUUGUUGGGGUGUUCUACAACUCCUCUGGCUUGGCACAGUGUUAUAACAUAUACCAGCUGUACCAGUCCUGUGCUGACCCCACGGGCUGUGGCACCGGCUCAGAUGCAGAGGCUUGGGACUACCAGGUUUGCACUGAGAUCAACUUAACAUUUGACAGUAAUAAUGUGACAGACAUGUUCCCUGAGAUGCCCUUCACAGAGGCUAUGCGUGAGCAGUACUGUUGGAACAAGUGGCAUGUGAGGCCACGAGCACACUGGCUGCAGACAAACUUUUGGGGAGAAGUAGCCAAACACAUUUGGAUAACUGGGCAGGAAGGAGACCUCUCAAUUACGAACUCUCUGAAUUUCAGACCUGAAAAGUGCAAGCAACAUCAUUUUUUCAAAUGGAGACUUGGACCCAUGGGCUGGAGGUGGGGUAAGCAUAUGCAGUUCUGUACCCUGAGCAGAGCAGCCUUUGCAGGUGACAUCCUGCCCUCCCUCCCUUUCAGAGCAGCACUGGCAAUUCAGUUUUAACCUGAGUUUCUGUGAGCAGCUGUUUCAUGGUGAACCACUGAGGACUUUUGGGACACUAAUGACAGACACAUUGAGUAGUGUCUAUCAGCCAGGAAUACUGAUUGAACAAAUGUGGCUUCACUAGUGCAGACAUGGCAGGACCUUCCUUAUCCCACAGCCAGGGUCUGAACCACAACCUGGUGUGUUUCGGUGUUCUCAUGCGGUCUCAAUGCUGCCAGCCAUAUGGUACUGCCUCUCUCCUGUCCCAGCACACUCGGUGAGACCAGGUGGAUGCUAUGAGCAGCGAUGAAAACUUGGAGAUGUUUUGGCUUAGAUUCAACAAAACCUCAGAGUACUGUCAGUGUCCAGUCUAAAAUUUAAAAAUCCAGGACUGGAUUUUGUGUUCGUUCAGCUCCUGAUUGGAUACAGAAGCUCAGUGUUUUAGACUGGCUUGGAAUCCCAGGAGGAGCAGGCUGCUUAGGGUACAUGUCCAGAGGACACCUAACUUCCAACUGCCUGUACUGGAAUCAGCUGAAAGUACCCACUUUGUGGAAAACAUUUGGGACAGGUGAUCUGGUUUAUUCAGACUGUUAGCUAUGGACACCACCCGUACCAAGGAUGUCUUCCCAUGCUUUUUCUCAGUCUUGCCCAGACCAUGUUCCAUUUUUCAGAAUUCAUGUCCAGUUCUUCCCAGUAACUUGGUGAGAAUUGGUCUUUGCUCCUUCUUCUCCCAGAUAAACAGCAGCCUCAGCCCUUCACUGAUUGCACUUACCAUUAAAGGAGGUGCCCAUCACCUUGAUCUCCGGUAAGUUCUGAACUUCCUUUGACUGGCAAAAUCCUGAUGCCCUGGGUACUUGAUCUCAGCAAGCCACAGCCCAAACAACCAGGAGAUAUUUUAGAAUCACUGGAUCAUAGAGUUGUUGAGGUUAGAAAAUAUCUAAGAUGAACACAACAUGACCACCAUGUUUACCACUAAACCAUGUCAAGUGCCACAUCCACAAGUUUUUUGAAUGCUUGUGGGGAUAGUGAAUUCAAUGCUUCCUUGGGCAGUCUGUUCCAAUACUUUACAACCCUUUUCAUGAAAAAAUUUUCCCUAUUCUCCAGUCUAAAGAUCUCCUGGUUCAACUUGAGGCUGUUUCCUCUCAUCCUGUCCCUUGUUACCUGGGAGCAGAGCCUGAUCCCCACCAGGCUACAAUCUUGUCAGGGAGUUGUAGAGAACAAGAUGGUCCCCCCUGAGCCUCUUCUUCUCCAGGCUGAGCUCCCCCAGCUCCCUCUGCCACUCUUGGUGCUCCAGACCUUUCCCCAGCUCUGUUCCCUUCCCCGGACACACUCCAUGCCUUCUAUGUCUUACUUGUCAAGAGGAACCUAAAAUUGACCUCAGGAUUUAAAGUGUGGCCUCACCAGUGCCUAGCACAGGGCAAGUACCUAGAGAGGAUGGGUACAAGGCUACUGCAGCCCAAUGUGGAAGAGUAAUCUUCUUCCCCAGCAUAGGGCUCUUUCAGCCUCCAGGGAUGCUGCACUGUGCAGAACUUGACACUCAGCUCACCUACUGUCAUUAGAUCAUGUUCUUGCACAGGGGGUGGCACAAGUGUGAGACAGCCUGCAGCAAUCAGUCACAUGAAAUAGUCCAGUGCCAUCUGGCAUUAGCCAUCUGCCUUUGGGCCUGGAGCAGAGGAGGCAGCAGCCAGCAAGGGCAAGCUUGGGGCUGUUGCCCAACUGUACUGGAGAUGAUCAGACACUACAACUUGGUUUCCAGGGCACACACGUGAAGCACAAACCAGUCAGUCUCUGUUCUUAAAAUCA